AUGAACGAGAGCGCCAAGCGCAAGGCAGCAUUCCGGUUCAAGUCAGCUUCAGAUGUUGAUCUCUUAAAGGAGGUAAUACACAUUCAGCCGUACGACGCUCCUUAUGGAGCGGUGAAAUCGCGAUGGGACGAAGUUGCUGCAAACAUGUGCAUGACGUACGGAGAUGGUCUGACAAGCGUCUCUUGCCGCAAGCGAUUCGACGAUCUGCUUGAUGCGUUCAAGCGCAACACCAUCAGCUCUUUGAGAGCUUCGGGGACAGAAGAAGAGUACAACGAGCGUGAGCAGCUCUUGCAAGACAUUGUCGACUAUUACUUUGAUUUCGUCGCGUUUAAAUCGAAAGUUGAAUUCGCACUGUUUGUCCGAUUGGGCGUUAAGGUCAAAGCGAUACUUUGGAGUGCCAAAGGCACUCUGUUCAGUGGACUCGUGGCCUAG